GAGGGGUUAUCAGACGAUAACAACUCCACCACAAUUAUAAUAUUUGUUUGCUAAAUUUCUUGGAUAUAUCCUCAAUUGCUUGUUGUACACGUUCUUGGAUCUACAUCUCACAAAAGAAACGACUGCCGAAAUUGGAAUUUCUCAACUUGCUUCUUUUAUCCGUUGGGCUUGGAUCUUAAUUUGUGUCUCAGCACCCAACAGAUUACGCCAUACCGUUAUUUCCCCUUCAGCCUCGCGAUUGCUCCCUUGAAUGCGAGCAGACAACUUCCAACGUUCCUUGACUUGUUAGCAACAGAUAUUGCACAACUACAUUCCAUUUUGAUUCAUUGAGUUUCCGAAGAAACGCCCCGACACUUCGAAAUUUCAAGAAUCUAAACCUCAACAGAGGACAAGAUGUGUCGCUUUCUGGUAUAUAAAGGCUCAGAUGCCAUUUUACUUUCCAAAAUCAUUUUGGAACCCACCCACUCAAUUCUCAAUCAGUCUUUCGACUCCCGUCUUCGUUUGGACAUGAGAAGACCUCACAAUGGUGAUGGAUUUGGUAUUGGUUAUUACACGGAACCUGAACUUGGACCUGAGCCAUGCAUCUUCACAUCAACCAUUCCUGCGUGGAAUUGUAUCAACCUUCAACGAAUUGCUUCAAAGACCGCGUCGCCGCUCAUAUUUGCUCACGUACGAGCUACAACCGAAGGUUCCCUCAGUGAUGACAACUGCCACCCUUUCUCCCAUGGAAGUUUGAUGUGGAUGCAUAAUGGUGGAUUGGGUGGUUGGAAACACAUAAAAAGACGCUUGGGUGAAAGACUAGCCGACAAAUGGUAUCUUGGAGUUCACGGAGGGACCGACAGUGAAUGGGCAUUCGCAUUAUACCUAGAUACACUCGAGAGAAUGGGUCAUAACCCAAGUGCUCCACCAGCCGAUGGAUUUGGUCCGACCGUUUUAAGGCAUGCCAUGCUAGCUACCAUCAAGCAGAUCAACGAUUUCAUUGCGGCAAUCCCAGAAAAGACAAUUGAGGAAGAAAAUCUGGAUAUCCGAAGCUUGUUGAACUUUGCAAUUACCGACGGACAUAGCAUUGUCUGUACUCGUUAUGUCAGUAGCAAAACCGACGAGGCAGCUAGUCUGUACUACUCUUCCGGCACUACAUGGGAGGACAAAAGUAACAAGGGCGAAUACCAAAUGGAUCGUCGUGAUAAGGGUGCUGAUAUCGUUCUUGUUGCAAGUGAACCAUUAACAUUUGAAAGAGAAAGCUGGGUGACAGUUCCGACCAACUCCACUUUGACAAUCCACAAGCAGACUGUUAUGGUGCAUCCAAUUAUCGACGAGUAUUAUAACCACAACCCAUAUCAUUCGCGAUCCUCUCAAUUCGUUACUGACAAGGGUCUCGUCACCAAUGAAAAAUCAACGCCAGCUCCUACGCCAGCUCCUACUGGAUCUACACGAUUACAUCAAUCACUUGCCAAAACAAUUAACCCAUCGUCAGCCAUGUUAUCACCAGGAGAAAAUUAUGAUCCCAACAUGGCGAACAACGCAUCAUACACACCGGCAACCUCAGAUAUUAGACAUGCCACACCAGCAGCAUUUCGCCCCCCAAUUUCUUCCAACAAAUCUGGAGAACAAGGCAACACCAAAAAGAAACGAGCUGCGGCUCCUGCUCCUGCAUCUGUACAAAUACCAGCUCAUUCAAUGAAUUCUGGAACAUCAAUUGGAACGUCAGGAGUCGAUUACAUAGAUACGCCUGAUACGCCAGAACUGUCCAAAAAUUCUGACAGUAGAAACAAAAUAGCGCAGUAUUUCCCGGAGCUGGAUAGUAUUGAUCGGAACUGAGUCAAAAGCUAGUUAGAUCAAUAAUCUCCAUUGCGUUGAAUUUUAGGACAGGCAGAGCGAGGUAGUGGUAUUUGGGCCGGCGUCAAAGUUAGAUUGGGGAGUGCAUCGGUUGCAUAUGUAGAAGAGGGCGUUUAGUGCGUGAUGUAGGAUUCCCCUUGAGUAGUCGCAAUUUUACUUUGUUUUUGCCAGAUCGUUUCUUAAUUCUCAAGUUGAAUCAUCAUUGUGCUUUUUAAUAUGCAUAUUCGUGGAUACCUUUCGAACUUUUGAACGCGCUUGAACAUGCUGAGUUAAGCGGAUGACCAAAAUUUCAAAUUCCAACAAUAAAACGUCAAAAUAGCGAAAGAAAAUAAAAACGUUCCUACUUCA